AUGGCUCAACAAUAUCUGGUUGCUUUUAUGACUUUUAUGAUUUCUCUCUUCGGAAUAAUCAUCAACUUUCUGGUAUUAUUCUCAAUUGGUAAAACUGUUUCAAUGAAGAACUCAUUCGGAAUCAUGACAAAACCUGGCAGUGUGAACAUUGUGAUGUGCUGUCUAUGCCUAUUUUUCCUGUUUCCAAUGCAAUUAGCGCCGUCCAGUCUUCUGGUCAAACAUUCACAUUUCAUUAGAGUCGCGAUCGAGUUUAUUUACGAGAUUUCAAAAAUAACACAUUUCUUAAUUGCACUCAACCGAUGCUGUGCUAUGUAUAUACCGUCUUACUACGCGCCAAUUUUUUGCGUCACCAAAACCAGGUUCUAUCUAACUUUUGUGUGGUUGGUAUCUAUUAUCGGAUGCACGGCCAUUUAUGAAGUUGCAAGCUGUCAUAUAGACUAUGAUUCCAAACUCUGGAAUUUUCAAUUUGUUGAAAUCUCUAAAUUUUGCGAGGAGAUCACAUGGUAUUCUGAUUUUCUCAUCAACGUAAUAAUCACCGUUACCACAUUGAAUCUUGACCUACUGGCAGCCUAUAAAGGCAAAAAACUAUCACGAGCUCUUUUAAGUGCCGCUGGCUUAGGCAUUUCUGAAGUUCAACGCAAGAGGGAAUGGAAUUUCAUAAAGCAGACUUGUUUUCAAGACUUGUGCAAUUGGUUAGCAGUGCUUUCAUACUAUAUAUUCGCCUCGUUUAUUCAUGAAGAUUGGGUCCUUUUCAAAUUCUUUAUCACAAGUUUAUGGAUUUUCAUGCAUGCAGCAGACGGAGUGAUAAUAUUUGCUUCAAACUGCGAGCUGAGAUCAGUUUUUGUCAAAAGUAAGAUUUGGUAA